AUGGCUCAGCAUGACUCGGCUGCCGAUUCCUUCUCCUUAUCUCUCCCUCCGCGCGCUCCUGGCCUCUGCUCUGCUCGCCAUCGCAAGCCACGGCUCCCUCCAUGGCUGGCGCUCGGACCUGCUCGGCCCUUUCCCCUGCGUGCGAGCUCAGUGUUCUCCCUGCGCACUGCGGAGCUCUGGCUUAGCCUUCUUCCCAGCGCCGCGGUCCCUUCCAGCUCCCUCUGCCGCGGCCUCCCACUCCCCAGCCGAUUUCUCUGCGCGCGGUCCUCCCUGCUCGCGUCGCGAAUUCCCUGCCAUGGCCGAUGUGCCUCGCGCGGACCGUGCCCAGCCUCUUCAGCGCUCGGCCUCCAGUCCAACAUCGCGCGCUCCUCCUCUGUCGCCCAUGGCGCGCGCCUAUUCCUUGGCCAGGUUCGCCGGCGUUCCUCCCGCGCCCUGCUCGCCGAUGGAGCUCGGCGCCCAGCUUUCCUGCGCGCCGGCCUGAACUCCAGUCGUCGCGCCCUCCUGCUCCCUAUUUCCUGCUCGCCCUCCUUGCUUCUUUCUUCCUUGCGGCGCUCACUCUCUGCUUCUCUCCCUCGAGCUUGCCGCGAUGCUUUUCUCCUGCUCCCAUGGCUGCUCGCCCAGCCAUCUUCCAUGGCCGUCGCGUCCCUGCUCUCCUCUCUGCCGGCGUCCAGCCCUAACUCGGAUUCCCCUCUCCCGUGGCGCGUCCAAAGCACUGCUCCUCCACCGUGCCGCGUUCCAGCUCGGACUACUCUGCUCCUGCGCGCGUCGGAUCCCAGCUCGUCGGUCGCCCGCGUCUCUGUUCUUCUGCGCCGCCGUUCCCUGCACCGGACAUGGAAAUCCCUCGUCCGCGACUCCCUGUAAUAGCCGACGUUCUUCACAGCCGACGCUUGGCCUCAGCUCCGCCGUUCGGCUAUGGAUGUGUGAACCCGCACCUCAAGCUCCCUAAGCUCCCUGUGUCGCGUUCUGUUCGCCUGAACCAGAGUUCGCCAGUUGUCCCUGCUCGCCGUGCUAACCGUCUAUGUCGUCGCCGGACUUGCCUCCCUAGCCAUGGUGGCGUUGUUAUUUGCUGCUGCGCCGCGACAUCGUCAAGCUCCGGUGCUUAGCGUCUUGGUCACUGCGCAGUUGCUGCUCUAUUUCCUUGUCCUCGCGCGGUGUGUGGCGGUCGUGUCCGCAUCCGUGGCCGCAGCUACGAUCCCUUGCGUCGUCAAGCGAUCACGAGAAUUCAUAUAAAGCAAUAAAUCCCACAUGGUGCUCCACGUGCUCGACAUAAUGGCAGAAUCGGAGAAUCAUUUCCGAUCUCGCGGAGUCGAGUCAGCUGUUGGAACGGUACGUUUGUUGACUACGUGAUGCGGAGAACCUAAGCCAAGUCAACCCCAAGAUGACGUAAUGGGUGGACUACUCCGCAUAGUGAAGCUGAUGGACGAACCUGCCUGAUCAAGUGCUAGGACAAGGAUAAUCGUCAAGUGGU